UCUACGUGACAAGAUCAACUGCCAAAACGUCUGUCGCUCUGUCUAUCCCAGGGUAACGAGGGGUCAUUUAGUACGCCAAAGUGGCAGUAUUCCAAUCAUACGGUCCCGAAAUUCAUUAUCGCCAACAUUACAAAUUAAUAUAAAGAUGUCGCUACUGGUGAAAUAAGGUUUAUAACAGGUUUAUAAUAAGUAACAUAAAAAGCAUAGAUAACAUAACCUCCAACCUUGCUGGCACUGCUUUCUUGACAAAUAUUUGGAUUUUUAAUAAACUUUGAAAACAAAAAAAUGAAUCCUCCUCAAAAAGGAAAACAGAAGACCAAAGGUGCUAAUCAAAUUGUAGAAGAUAAUAUAGCCACAUUGAGCUUUUAUAGAAAUAUGGCCAUUGGAGCAAAUGCACUAUCGUUAAUUAUAUUAGUAUUUUACCAGUCAACAAUUAGCAUAAUUUUAUAUUUAUUCUCAUGUUUAGUGUACAUUGGAUCAUAUCAAUUCAUGGCUUAUAUGGCAAAAGCAAAAUAUUUUGAAACUGGGAAGCUCAUUGAUAGUGGAGUAGAUUUGAACAUGGAAGGUGGCAUUGCAGAGCACAUUAAAGACGUUAUCAUAUUGACAGCUGGUUGUCAAAUACUAUCAUCAGUAAUUUCAAACUACUUUUGGUUGCUAUGGUUAUUGGCUCCUUUGAGGGCAUUUUGGAUUGCUUGGAAAAAUAUAUUGCAACCUUAUUUCUUCCAAGAAGCCCCUGAGCAGGAGGUAAAUGAAAAAAAGCAGAAAAAGAUGGAGAGGAAAAUGAAAAGGAUUCAACGGUAGAAUUUACUUGACGGAAAAUUCUGUUGAAAAAAUUUGUUUUUUUAUAGGAUUUCUACAAGAUAGAUUUUCUAUUUUUAAUUCUAUAAUAUAGUGAGGGAAUAAAGACAUAUUUAUAA